AUGAACUUUCGGCUUCGCGACAAUACAGUGACCACGGGGUCAGCAGCCUCGUCAGCAGCAGUUCCGGCUCAGCAGCAGCAGCCAGGACCUCUGCCUUCACCGCUUGAGACGCAGAAGCCGGCGCCGACGCAUAAGCAGCUAAGCAGCCGACCUUUGCCGACGCUCUCAACACAGACAGUUACGACGACGACAGUUACAACAACAACAGUUACGACAUACCCGCCGUUGAAGAUCCCUCGGGUGGAUAAGCAGAAGGAGGUGAAUGCCAGGAUGUACCCGCUGGCGCGGGCGAAGGCACCGGCGGCGCUGGAGCAGUUUGCGCUGGAGUCAAUGGGGCAGCAGUUGUACUUUGAGUACAAGGAUUUGGCGGACGCUCAGAAUGAGGUACAGUGA